AUGAUUGUCUCAGAGGCAUUUGAAUCUGAUGAUACAAUUGAAGAAAAAUUAAAUAAGUUGAAUAUUGAAUAUGAAGAUCUGAUUAAUGACAAUGAGAUGUCAGACAAUGUGAAUGACUCUAAUAGUUAUGAUGUAAAUAAAGAAACUUGUAUAAGACUGAAAAUUGUAAAACUUCAAUAUAAAGUUCAACAAAUGAGAACUGGUAGAGAUCAGAUCUCUAUAAAUAAUGAGAAUAUUAAAGAGAUUCUUCUUGCAGUGAGGCAAUCUGAAACUGAUGAUAUUCUUGAUGAGAGACAAGUAGACUUUGAUGAUAAUAUCAGCACUGAUAUGCAGUGA